UGGUCGGGGCGGAGGUGCGGAGACAACGACCACGACACGCAAAUAACCAAACAACCGCAGCACGGCCGUGCGCGUAGCGGCGUAGCGCGUGCAUCACGGGAAUCACCAGGAAUCACCAGCAGUGGCGUGGCGGCCACGGCCUCGCGAGCCCCGACUACCAUGACCAGACCAUGACUCGAUCGGGCAGUCCGUGACCAGUGACCACCAGUGACCCGUGACCGACCUAUUCGAGAAACGUCGCCUAGCUGCCCAGCUCCGCGGAAAGGGCUUGCGACACCUUUCCCUCCGUCAACAUAGGUGGUUUGUUGGGACUUGUUCCCAUGGAAGAAGGAAGCCGUUCGCCAGAAACUGCGGGCAGCCAGCCCGUCUCGCAGCACCUGGCCGACGACAAGGACAAGAGCAUCAUGACGGAGUGUUCCAGUCAGGACGAGGAUGAGUUCCCAGAGAUCUCGGACUCGCUGCGCACCCGUGUCUUCCAUGCCGCCAAGGAUGGCAUGGCCAUCACUCUUUACGAUCUGCUGUCCAACCUCUCCGACAAGGCUGCUGAUCAUCUGUUGACCCAGAUUGUUGAAGAAGAGGAUGGGCAACGGAGUACUCCGCUUAUUAUUGCAUCUCGUAAUGGUCACGAGAAAGUAGUAAAGCUGUUGGUUUCCCUAUUUCAUAUCAAUAUUGAUCAAGAGGGAGUGGUCAAGUUUGAUGGGCACAAAGUGGUAGGUGCUACUGCUCUGUGGUGUGCUGCAGCUGGAGGUCACUUGAAAGUAGUCAAAGUUCUCAUUAAGGCUGGAGCGGAAGUUGACCACCCUACAAAGACGAACUCCACACCACUUCGCGCAGCGUGUUUUGAUGGGCGCUUGGACAUUGUUCGCUAUCUUUCUGAGCACAAUGCAAAUGUGCACUCUGCAAACAAAUAUAACAAUACCUGUUUAAUGGUUUCUGGCUAUAGGGGUCAUGGUGAUAUUGUUAGUUACCUGUUGGAAAAGGGCGCUGAUCCUAAUGAAAAAGCUCAAUGUGGUGCUACUGUUUUUCAUUUUGCGGCUGAAUGUGGUCAAUUGAGCAUUGUCAAAGAGCUGGUCGCCUGUGGUGCUAAGUCUUUUAAAAAUGAAGCAGGUAUGACACCUUUGUUAGUAGCUGCAGAUCGCACCAGGGAAGAUGUUGUGAAAUUCCUCAUAGCUCAACAAUUUGUUUCGUAUGAAGAAAAAAUUGAUGCACUGGAGUUAUUGGGGGCAUCGUUCGCCAAUGAUAAGGAUAAUUAUUCACCUGCAUCUGCAUACAAGUAUAUGAUGAAAGGAAUGGAGAUGCGAUUUUUAAAUAAGAAAAACCCAGUCUUGAAGAAACUCCCUCCACCUAUACCAGCUUAUGAAAAUUGGGUAGAAGCUCAGACAAUGGAAGAAAUGGUUACUCGUGCUGCUGAUCUGCAUUCACUGCACAUGGAGUCUUUGGCCAUCCGUGAGCGCAUUCUUGGUCAGAAGAAUCCAGAGGUGAUACACCCUAUUAUUUAUCGUGGUGCUGUCUAUGCUGAUCAUGCUCAAUUCGAUCGCUGUAUUCAACUUUGGAUGCAUGCUGUGAAUCUUCGUCAAGACGUAAAUGUGUCCGUUGUCAAGGACCUCUUGCGGUUUGCCCAGGUUUUUUCCCAAAUGAUUCAUGUGGGUGCUCCCCUCAGCUACUCUCAGGUUAAAAGUGCAAUGAUAUCAGCUUUGAAGGAAAUUGAAAGCAACAAAACCAAGAUAGCCAAUCCUGGCCCAAAAGAUGAUGUUGAAACUAUUCAGGAAGAGUUGGAUAUGAAUCUUAUUACAAUGUUGUAUUUGCUGUGCAUUUCUUGCAAGCUACUUGCAGAUCAUGAUUCAGAUCAUGAAAGCCAACUGAGUCUCAAUAAAAUAGCUUUUCAAGCAAAUCGUCUUGAUGCUCGCUCGAGAGAUGGGGAGACCCUUCUCCAUCUCUGUGUCAAUGUGGACACACCUAUUGAUGAUUUCCACAUAAAUGAUGUCUGCAAGUUUCCUUGCGCUACAACAGCCAAGCUUCUGAUUCAAACAGGAGCUGAUGUGAAUGCCAUGGAUAAGAACAGAAACACACCGCUUCAUGUUAUUGUCAGCUUUCAGCGCCCUCUCAGGGAGUUUCUGACUGUCCACACCAUCAUUAUUGAUCUGACCUCUGCUGGAGCUCAUCAGGAUAUAUGCAAUUCCAAGGGUGAAACACCAUAUGAUGCUACCACAGGUGUAGCGGAGCUAAUUUUAAAGUCUCAAGUAAAAAUUAGCCUCAAAUGUCUUGCUGCCAAAGUUGUGAUGUCCCAUAACAUACCUUACAUUGGCAAUGUCCCAAAAGCCCUGGAAAGCUUUAUAGAGUUACAUGGUCCAGGUACGUCCCACACUAAUAGACUUGCGUGUAAAGAUGACACCAUUUCUCCGAAAAUUGCCUGUAUUUAAUUAUGUACUCAAAGUGCCUUAGUGUGUAGAAUCUUUUUUACUGUGAAUCAUUUGAAAGCUCAAGAAUUUAGUUGAAGUUUCAAUAUAUGUCUGUAAGGUAAAGUUUUUAUUGAAGUCCCUUUCACUAUUACUUGUAAGAAAUGUUGCUUUUCCCUUUUUGCUAACAAUGAUAAACAGGGAUAUGCACUUCUCUCACCUUUCAGAGAGGAGGAUGUUUUUAACGGGAAGAAAUUUGCCCUACAGCAAAAAUAGAUAGGAAAUGUGUGGGAGCAAGAGACAUUAAUUUUUGUGAAAAGAUGGGAAAACUGCAUAUCCCUAAUGAUAAACAAAUGUGAUAAAUAAUUAUUAUUUAGUUUGUAAAUACAUUUCAAGUUUUCUAUCGACAUAUGGACUUAAAUCUCAUUACACUAAUGGAAAAGUACCUAAUAGAUAUUGUUUUUAUGUGAACUACUGUGGAAAAAGAAAGAACACUGGGCAAGCAAGGAGAAUGUUUUGGGGCAGCAUUCUUGUGAUAGUAGACUUGACAAGAGUAGAACAGUUUAGGACAGAUAAUGAUUGACUUGCAGUGUAUUUAUUCUCUCUUCAGCUUAACUAUUUAUUUUGCGUUGAUGUUUUCAUUCAAUAAUUUUUAUUUAUGAGUGACUGUAGUUCUCAGUGGAACGUCUUAUUUAUCUAAAGGUUUUUUAAGGUCUGAAAAUUUCGGGAAUCUGGGCUGCGGCUUAUGUUGCUCUGAAAUCCACAUUCAGCCUGUCCACAAAGGAUUCCCUGCAUCCAGGUUUUGUUGCAAAUCCCUUCUUUUUUGUCUUUAGAAAUCAGAAUAUUUAAUGAGUAAAGAUGCAUUCAUGCCUGCGUGGUCUUAAAAUUCUUGAGUCUGGAAAUGAAUCAUGGAGGCUGGGGAAACGAAUGUCAAUGCACCUUACUGAAUUGUUAAUUAUUUGUUGCAAGGGACUUCCACUGUUUUUAUUAUGAUGUAGCAUCUAAUCAAUUUACAGCUUAUUGCUAGCACUAAAAUACAUUACAUAUAGCUAAUUAGGUGAAAAUACUUUUGUGUUGUUUGUGUUGUUGAACUCUGAUAUUUAUUGGAUGCCUUUGCCCCUCUGAUUUUACAUGUGGGGUUUUCAAAGAGAUCUGUAAUCUGUACCUAGUACACACAGAAUUGUUGCAUAACUGCCACUAUAAAGUAUACCUUCUUUUCUGACUGAUGCCUGGUCACCCUUAUGCAUCUUCUUAUGUGAAGGCAUGCCAUCUAGUUUCUGGGUCUAAAACAGCAAUAAAGAUGUGUACAUGACAGCAAACAUGUAAAAGACGAGUAGAUAUCUUGGUUUUGAUGUUGUGACAUGUUAAUUUGUGAUACUCACAUUCAUUUGGGUCCCAGUUAUUUUUAACCAAAUGGAGAGACUUAUUUUGCUUCUUUUUAGCACCAGAUGAUGAUUAAAAAAAAAAAACCACACACUUGCAUGUCUUAUGAAGCACAACAUCAAGGUGCCCAAGUCUGAUAAGUGCAUUAGUUGUUUUUUUUUUGUUUGUUUUGUUUUGUUAAUUAUUAAGUUGUAAUAUUGUAAUGUACUUCAAAUAGUUGGGGCAGACUCAAGCCAUUGUUUAUUUUACCCCUUUGUUCUUUUGUUAUUGUUAUAUGCUUGUUAGCUUUAAUUAAUUCUAUGUGUGUGAUAGUUGUACUCUUGUCCAUAAGUAGAUUUUAUUCUGUUUUUUAAAUUUAUUGUUUUAUACUACACAUUUGUGUUUAAAUCGCAAGGUUACAGAAAGCUUUAUUGGUACAAGAGUUAAAUUUUCAAUUGUGUGAUUGGUAUUGGAUACUUAUUCCUGAGAUUAAUACUUCCUCUUUUGCCAUUUAACAAUGUUGUGUAGCUUCUAUUAAGUAUCUGGUCAAUUACCUUGUUAAGGAACAAAUUGGCAUCCAAAGAGCAAUGCUCAUUUGUUCAAGUACAAAUGUUUAGUUCACUGUUUUAUUUUUUUGUGGUUCUUAGACUUCGAAUGCGACUGGAUCUUGAAAUAGACAGUGUAUCAGACUGAUUAAUUACUUGUUAAGCAAAAUAGAGUGUAAUGAGUGAAGAAUCUUUAGUUGAUGAAACAGUAACUUUUAGAAGAAGACUGAGAAAUUUUUUUGGUUAGAGAGAAGAUAAACUGCAGAUUUUAAUGAUUGUAAUUAGAUUGUCAGUCGCAUUUUACUUGGAUGAAUGCCAAAGAAUAAAAGUAAAUUCUGGAAUGCCUAAUAGUUGUCUUCUUUCCAUACACUUUUUAAGUUUGACAGUUAUGAACCUGGACAAUACUUCAUAAGAGGAUACUUGAUUUGACAAUUUUUAAUCUCUUUGAAGUGAUUGGGUUUGGUUAAGUCCAAAAUCUCAAAGUGUAUGUAACUGCAAUGUUCUUAAGGAGAGGUCGUUUCAUGCAUAUAUAUUGCGUGUGAUGUACAACCUGUGUGACAAAUAAAUCAAUUAACUCUU